AUGACGCCUGUGGUGACUGUGAACGGUGAUCACCCAGCCGCGUUCGGCAACUGGCAAGGUCCCAGUUCGUUCGAAACGGAAGCGGCGGAGGAGUUCGAGAACGUCGACAGCCUUGGCGACGAGAUCGAGCGAGUUGCGCAGCUUCACUACCUGUCGCGGUGCGCCGCCUUCCAUGCCGACCGCCCCGACGGGGUCAACGACGUAAAUGUGCGCGAAGCCAGGCCGCGCAAUGUCGCAAUGUCGCGGGCGCCGCUGGAGACGCCCUGGGGGGCGACGGCGAUCAGCUCGAGACGCUCCGGAGAGUCCGAUCCGAAAGGCCCCCGCGAGGCAGUCGCCGCGCCGGUCGCCUAUCCAGCGGGCAGGGAACGCGAGUGCGCGAGGCUGACUGCGGGGAUCAGGAGGGGGUGGGGUGACCGGUUCAGGGGUUCGGCGAAACGCGAGGCGCGCAAGCGGCAAGUCCUGGCGGGCAAUGUCAUCGCUGGUGGCGACCUGUGGCAUCUACCAGGGGGGGGGGGUAACGCCUGGAACGAUAACUGCUACGCGGAGCAUGACGCGCGGGUGCGCAUGCGCACCGUGAAGCGCAGCGGCGAAACGGAGUUCACGGUGGCUUGCGCCGCCCGCUUCGUCGGCUCACUUGCGACCGCCAGUGGCACGGCCGCGCUCUUCCCCGCGCUGCUCGCCGCGAACGCGGCGGCCUUCGGCUUCGCGCUGCGCGGCCGCGAGGCUGGCUCCGACCCGGGCUGCCUCGGCCCCCGCACGCUGCAGCCGCAGCACGAGCGGCUGCGCCGGCAGGCUCUCGAGGGCGCCCUGGACCUGUGGCGCAGGCCACUGGAGGAGCAGGUGGAUGCGGCGCGGCUGCGGGACGUGGAGUUGCGCGCUGUUCGCAGCGCGCUUGGGGACAGCCACAAGGAGGCGGCCGGCGAAGGCCUUGAGCGGCUGGAGCGGCUCCAGCAGCGGCUGGGGCAGCAGCGCCGGCUGCUGGCGUCGGCCGGGCGCGGGCGCCUCGCAGGCGGCGAGUCCUGGCAGCCCCUGCGCUGCUGCGGCUCGCGCCCGGAGCAGGGCGGAGGCGGGCCCUGUGAGCUGCAGCCCCUCAUCUUGUCCGCCGAGGACGCGGAGGGCGAGCUGGCGCGGAUGGCGGGGCUGCUGCCAGGCCUCGCGCGCAGCACCGCGGGGCAGCUGGGCCGCCUGCGGUUGCUCGAGCUGCUGGGCCGCGGCGGCGGGCCCGGCGCGGAGUACGCGGCGGCGGUGCAGCGGGGGGACCUGCAGCACCUGUGCACGGUGUGCCGGAGGUGCCGCACGUUGCGGUCCUACCACUGCAAGGAGUGCGGCCGCUGCGUCGAGAGGCUCGACCACCACUGCCCGUGGAUAGACAACUGCGUCGGCCUGGGGAACCAGCGCCUGUUCUACGCGUUCUUGGUCUGCAUCGUCCUCGCCCUCGGGCUCUUCCUCCUGCUGGGCGGCGUCGAGUUGUGGAGCAUCGGCGAAAGGGCCGUCGGCGAGAGCCUCGAGGCCGUGCCUCUCAUGGGGCUGCUCGUCGUGCUGGCGCUGGACGCCGUGUUCGGCGGCUUUGCCGCCAUGCUGCUGGUGCGGCAGACUGCGUACAUGGUCGCGAACGUGACCACGUACGAGGUGCUGGUCGUCCCGAAGCACGUGCAGCGGCGAUUCCCGUGCAGGCGCACGGGGGACCGCCUCUGGUUCCUGCGCGGCUGCAGCCUGAGCUCCGGCCUGGCGAGCUGCGUGGGCUACUGGUCCCGGGAUCUGCGGCGCGACCUGGACGACUUCGGGGAUCCCGCCGAGGGCGUCGCGCCGCUCGAGUGAGCGUCCGCGGGGGAACAUCGGCGGCGCAUCCUCCGACCCCAUCUACUCCGACCCCACUUAGGAGAACUCUAUCCAGGGAGCAGUGGUAUCGGUACCUUCCUGCCCCCCCCCAGAGCGCUCCGCCGAGCGACGGCCAGGAGGAGCGCGCGCGCGCU